GGAUAGCUAGCUGAUCUGACAGCGAGAAAAAUCACCUGUGUGUCACUCACCAUGGUCAUCUUCUAUUUUCGAAAGAGAGUGCGUAGGUCAAGUAAUUGUUGAUAUCUGGAUGGCUUCACCUCGACCUGUGCUUUUAUUUAGCCAGCUCAAGAGGGACAGAACAAUUUUUCUCUCCUAAACUGCAUGCUUCUUCUGUUCAUUGCACGAGUCGAUACCGCAACACUGUAUAGCGAGCGAGUCUCUAGCCGCUAUCACCGCUAUCACCGCUCUCCUGAAUUAGUUGGACAUUUCUGGUGUGAUUGUUGAUUCUGUGGAAGUAGCAGCGGCCUUGUUGUCCAGACCAGGCGGUACUUCAACUCAGUCAUGUCUUCGUCAAACAAGCAAUUGGAUGCGGCCAAACGCAAAAAGUCCAACCCUCUCAACAAGAGGAUUCCCAAGAAUCCCCGAUACAAACAUAUCCAGUCAGUCCUGGACACCGGCGACAGCAUGUCCCGUUACUUGGAAAAAGUUGACGAGAUCCGCCAUAACUAUCGUUUCCGACCAGGAGAGAUCUUCAAGCGCCUAAAGUGCAGCACCCUGGCCCACAUGGUUUUACAAGUGUUCACGUUUGCUGAUCCUGGACCUGAUGCUGAAGAGAUGGAGUCAAUAGCUGAAGCAGCAUGUCCAAGUGAGCACAGUCCGCCGGUAGUGGACGACACUCUUGCAUCACCCGGGCGUACGACAUUCGCACAAGUGGCACAUGGUAUUGGUGAGAAAGAUGAUGCUACGAACUCUGCAUCGCAAACGGAACCAUUGUCCGACAUUCCGUUUCUCAUCUUGGAUGUGCGCGACAAGGAUGCGUAUGAGCGUUGCCACAUCAUAACGGCACGCAGCUACCCAGCCGCUAUGCUGACCAGAUCAUGUAACUACUUUACGCGUGAAAUCCUUCAAUACAAAAACGCGCCCGGAAAGAUCAUCAUUCUCUAUGAUGAAGAUGAGCGUAUUGCUGCGGACUGCGCCACGACAUUCGUUCAGCGCGAGGUGACAAACGUAUUCAUGCUGUCUGGAGGUCUGAAGGUUCUGUCUAGCCAGUUUGCAAACGGAAUGAUCACCGGCGUACUGCCGGAAUCCGUCAGGCUAGCAUCGCAGCAGCGUUCCUCGCUCAGUCGCAGCACCGGCAUGAGCACCGCAUCGUCCAGAUCAACGGCUACCAGAGGCGGCGGAAUGGCCGCUGGAAGCCGUCACGCGGCCGCUCAGUCCAGUCGGGCUGCAUCGGCCGCGGCCAGCACUGCACGCACACCGCGGCGGGGCGGCAGUGGCGGUGAUGAGGACGACGAUUCGCCGCCGUCUCGACCGCUCAUCACCCCACCACCCAAGCCUGCAGAGAAUCUAGUCCCGCAUCCUGGAUGGUUCACCGUCGAUGAUAUCCAGAACAUUGAGGAGACACUGGAUACCCUGCUGCUUGAAGGUGAUCGCAGUGCAUCAAGAACUACAGGAAGUCGAGCAGGCUCUGCACCUACAGGUGGUGGACGGUCAGCUGCCGGCAGUCGGCAGCCUACUCAACGCGCCGCUCCUGCGCCUGGUCGGUCCUCCAAGGUACCAGGGCGCGCCGCUAAGUGAUUUCCUUUAUUCUGCUCUCGUUGUAACGAAGUACAUGACUGUGGACUGUGAGCAGCAGAAGCUCAUGCAUGCUGGUGGUCUGCUGUACCCGGGAUGACCAUGGCAACAUCACACCUGAUGUGCGAGUCAGAAACGCUGAUCUUGUCUUGCGUGAAUGGAUCUGGCCGUGCGUUCUACAAGCCUACACUGAAUGCAGCAGAAUUAGCUGUGCAACUGGCUGUGAUGUACAUGUAGAUUUAAGCCGGGUUACCAGAUGUGCUGUAAUGCUGUACUCUCACUCCACUGCAGACUGCUGCAUAGUGUAAGAAUAGGCCCAGACGUGACCGAUGGGUGCACAGUACCAGUACGUUUUCCAGAUUUACAAAUAACAAUAUUGCACGGUUGAAUGCGUGUUGAUAAAUCACUCGUUGGCUAGUAACCCGUAUGCUGUAGCUGCCCGGUCAUUCAGUGUAUUCUACCGCAUCAUGAACGGUUGUGUAAAAAACGAUAUCGGUUAUGUCAUUGGGUGCACUUGUUAACAAUAUCCCUGCACCGUACCAGUGAUGCAUGGCUUGUGUGUCACUGUGGUGAUUUGUCACUUGCUCAUGCGCUACUUUAUGUGUAUAGCCAAGAAGGAGAUGCCACCGCAGCGAGUUCUUCAAUCUCCGGAUUGCUUUCCUAAUCCCCGAACAAGAAAGUCUGAGUUCAGUUGAUGAUUUCAUACUUGAGAUAAUCUCGAACAGGGACACAGAGUACCAAUUGAAAGAGAGGACUCGUUUCAGAUUUCUAUUUUCUGACAACUCUUGUCUUAUGUGCUGAAUGCCGCGUAGUGUACCAUAUACAGGUGAGGAUAUCACCAUAUUCUCACCUGUAUAUUUAUCACUUUAUACCAGGGUAUAAUACUCCUACUUCGAAGUAUAAAUUAUGUGCUAUUUUCUUACUUGUAUCCUUGUGUUUGUCACUCCAAGCUUAUAAAUCCUAUUGCUAUUUUUGAUAUUAUCUUCAGUCACGAGUUUCCAAUGAUAAUUGUGACGAGAAAAUGUUCUGGAACAAUAUAAUUAUUCGUUGCCGAG